AUGCACCGCAAUCCCCGAACAUCGAAUCGCGAAUCGCGAAUCGCGAUGCAGCCCGACACCCCUUCCCAAAUCCAACCCAGCAAGAAGAAUUCGAGCAUACUAAUGGCGGCAAAUAUUUUCAGGCAAACCAUUCUACAACCUCGGGAGCUAGUAGUAAGAGUACUCUUCGCUAACCAAGUCAGCUAUCACAACAUUCUACACACGCGAUUCAACAUUCCACCUGUCCUCUCCUCUGACAAUCCCUUUUCGAGAGUCACGAUGGCGCCACGUCUUUCCACCUUCCCGUUCUUUCUUAUCGUUCUCUCCAUGAUCGCACUCGCGACAACCCCAGCCCUUGCGGCGCGACACAGAGCAGCUCCCACCGAGACAUUGCUGCAGAAGUCAAUUAAAGCGCGAGCUCUCGCCGACAAAGCCGCCGCAGCAGCCGCAGAGGCCGAGGCGAUCGCAGAGCAGCGCAGGCAAAACGAAGCCGCGGCGCUCGCCGACCUCAACGCCGCCAUCGCCGCCGCGGACGCCGCUGCCGCCGCGCUCAACGCCGCAAAAUCCGGCGCGACGUCCGCGGCCGCGGCGAAGGGAAACGCGAAGAAAUCUCUAGACGCCGCGAAGAAACAGCUCGACGAAAUGAAGAAAGCGCGCGAAACCAAGUCGAAGAGCGUCGUUCAGAAAAAGGCCGACGUAAAAGCGGCGGAGGCGAAGGUCCUCGCGGCGCAGCAGACGCUAGACAAGGCCAACGCGGAGAAAACCAAGCAGGAGAAGGUCGCGGCGGACGCGAAAGCAGCGGCCGACGCGGCGGAUCAGGAGGCGAAGAAGAAGAAGGGCGACAAGGCGUCGACGGACAAGGCGAAGAAAGCAGGCGACGCUGCGAAGAAAGCCAAGGAACAGGCCGACGCGCUCGCGAAGGAGGCGCUCGCGGCGGAGCAGGCGCUAGCGGCCGCGGAGGACGCGGCGGAGAAAGCGCAGGACGACGCGAGUGCGGCGGAGAGCGCCAGCGCGCCGUCAGACGCGGAGCUGGAGAAGGAAGACGAGGUGGCGGAGGCGGCGGAAGACGCGCAGGAGGCGGAGGCGGCGCAGAAGGCGGCGGAAGUCAGCGCGAAGGACGCGGAGAAGGCGCUCAAGCGCGCACUGGUGGCGGUGAAGCAGGCGCGCGCGGCGUGGAAGAACAAGAACGCGCUGAGACUGGCUGCUGAGAAGAAGGCCGCGCAGAAGGCGGCGAUCGCGGCUGCGUUUGAUGCUAAGGCGGAUGCUGCAGAGCGUGCUGCUGGCAUCGUCGCCCCUCCCUCUGCGCCCGCAUCCCAACCCGCACCUGGCUCCAACCCCGCACCUGGUUCUAACCCCGCCCCCGGCUCUAAACCCGCGCCUGGAUCUAACCCCGCGCCUGGAUCUAAUCCCGCGCCUGGCUCGAAACCCGCGCCUAGCUCUCAAGCCGCACCUGGCUCCCAAGCCGCACCUCCUUCCAUACCUGCUCAGGGGUCGCGCCCUGCACCCAGUUCUACUGCUUCGCCCUGA